UGUUACAUGGGAAAAAGGGAAGUGGGUAUUCAAAAAAGUGGUUGUACAUUUUUACCACUUAUCUAAUGUUGCAAUGGCUCAGAUGAAUGUAGAAGAAUGGGUGGAUGUGAAAGAGCUCACAGGAGAUGCACAGCAGCAGACGGGUUUAAUGAGGGAAGAGCACAGAGUUUAUCCACAAGGUAUAGUACUUCUACAUAACAGUGAUCCACGCGCCUGGCUCGCUCCAACACUGCAAGACACCUGCACAGCACACUUCGAUUACCUGCUGCACUCACCUGGCUUAUCUGCAGAGAGCAUGCAGCAAGACACAGACAACAGCGAGGAGCUAAGAAAAAGAAACAAUAACUCAGCGAAAGUGAGAGGCCUCUGCAAAUUCAAGGGUGUCGGAUUGGAAGGUACAGGUUGCAGACAGAGAACGAAUUCCAGUAAGCCGGUUAACGGAGUCCAAAAGCAGAGGAGGAUGGCAGCAAAUGCCCGAGAGAGAAGGAGGAUGCACGGUCUGAACCAUGCCUUUGAUGAACUACGUCGUGUCAUCCCGUCAUUUGACAAUGACAAACAACUUUCCAAAUACGAGACUCUUCAGAUGGCACAAAUAUACAUCAAUGCCCUUUCCGAUCUUUUACAAGUUCCCACAGAUCAGGCAAAAAACGACUAUAGAUCUGCCCUGGAGGGCACAAGUUCCAAGUUUUCCUUUUCAAACUGCAGUAGGUUUGCAGCAACACGUUAUCCCGUGCAACUGAAUACAAAACAGUUUCCCUUUGAAGACGGUACCUUUUCAGCAAUGACCGGACAAGAGACACGUUCACCCUCGCCUGUAGUAAAGUCUGGUUCAGACAGCAAAGCAUCCUCGAGGUCCAAUAGAAGUGAUGGGGAGUUUUCGCCUCAUUCACAUUUUAGUGAUUCAGACGAGGCGAAUUUAGAGUUACAAAGCGAAGAUGAACUUUCUGAACUCAAACACCAUGUUCUAAACCACUAAUAAAAACAUUUAAAAAAAAAAAAAAGAAUAAAAAAAAUUAUAAUUUGUAUUUUUGUACACCACUUUGAUUCUUGUACGAGUGCCCACAUUAAAAGUUAAUUUUGUAUAGUUUAUAUGUUAUUAUAUUGUAAACACUCUUUUUGUUGUCGUUUUCUGUAAUAUUGUUCUGCCAAUUUCUUGCCUAUAUUUUGCCCUGUUGGCUUAGAAAAAGUACUUUUGCCAUGAACAUGAACACCUAUAUGUUUAUUAUAGGCUCUCCAAAAUAUAUAUUUCGUAAUGACUGUCUUCCAAAUAUGGAGCCUGCAGCCUGUUAAUGCAGUAAAUGCAUGUUUGUCUUAUUGUGUACAUGAAGAAAAUUUGAUAUUGAAAUUGUAUACGUCCCCUUAUGAUGGCAAAUUCUAAAGGUAAUGCACGCACUUUAAAAAGCCACAGGCUUUAAAAUUACAAAGCUUCAUGCUGGUCAUUUUGUGAAAAACAUUACUU